GUUAUCAACAACAUGCAUGUCUGCAUAUAAAUGUCUGCAUGAAAACAACAAAAGAGGAAAUUAAGAUGGCUCAAGUUAGAGAAGCCAUUGAUAAUCAGAGAAAAAAAGGUGAGGAGGAAGACGACACGAUUAAGAAGGCUAGAUCUGAGACUUUGCCAUUUCACAAACUGCUGAGUGAAGCAGAUGCACUUGACUGGACGUUAAUGGCUUUGGGAACACUGGGUUCCAUUGUCCAUGGACUUGCCCAGCCUGUUGGCUAUUUUCUUCUUGGCAAAGCCCUUGAUGCAUUUGGAAAUAAUAUUGAUGAUACUGCAGCUAUGGUUAGAGCCCUCAAAAAGGUCGUUCCUUAUGUAUGGUAUAUGGCCUUUGCAACAUUUCCUGCUGGAGUUCUGGAAAUAGGAUGCUGGAUGUACGCUAGUCAAAGACAAGUAGCAGGCUUGAGACUAAAAUUUCUAAGUGCAGUCUUAAGACAGGAUAUUGGGGCUUUUGAUACAGAUAUAACUAGUGGCAAAGUACUUACUGGCAUAAGCAACCACAUGUCACUCAUACAGGACACCAUAGGAGAGAAGUUGGGACAUUUUCUAUCAUGCAUUGCAACUUUCGGUUCUGGAGUUUUGAUUGCAUUCAUAUCCUGCUGGGAAGUGUCACUCCUAUCCUUACUAGUUGUCCCACUGAUUAUGUUAACUGGCGCCAGCUAUACAAAGAGAAUGAGUCUGAUUUCGAAUAAAAAAAUGACAUACCUGUCAGAGGCCACAUCAAUGGUAGAACAGACGAUCUCCCAGAUAAGAACUGUAUUUGCUUUUGUUGGAGAGAAUUUAUCAAUCAAAUCGUUCUCAGACUGCACAGAAAGACAAAUGAGCAUAAGCAAGAAAGAAGCAUUUAUAAAAGGUCUUGGGACAGGCAUGUUCCAAACUAUAACUUUCAGUUCGUGGGCUCUUAUUGUGUGGGUGGGAGCUGUUGUAGUAGCAGCCAGGAGGUCCAGUGGAGGAGAUGUCAUAGCUGCAGUUAUGAGCAUCCUCUUUGGAGCAAUAUCACUUACGUAUGCUGCACCAGAUAUACAAAUCUUCAAUCAAGCAAAAGCAGCCGGAAGAGAAGUUUUCCAGAUGAUCGACAGAAAACCCACAAUAAAUGCUGACUCCGGAAGGAUGACAUUUGAAGUAAUCGAUGGCAAUAUCAAGAUACAGGAUGUACACUUUGCUUACCCAUCACGGCAGGAGAAGUUGGUUCUUCAAGGGUUUUCUUUGACAAUUCCAGCGGGAAAAGUAGCGGCACUUGUUGGAAGUAGUGGGUGCGGUAAAAGCACCAUCAUGUCACUACUAAUGAGAUUUUACGAUCCCAUGAGAGGUGAUAUUCUCCUUGACAACCACAACAUCAAGGAUCUUGAUUUAAAGUUUCUUAGAAGACACAUAGGAGUAGUUUCCCAGGAGCCAUCACUAUUCGCUGGCAGCAUCAAAGAUAACAUUAAGAUGGGAAACAUAGACGCAGAUGAUCAACAGAUUGAGAGAGCUGCCCUCUUGGCAAAUGCACAUGCUUUCAUAUCCCAGUUACCGGAUCAAUAUCUAACAGAGGUAGGGCAAAGUGGUCGGCAACUAUCAGGUGGACAGAAACAAAGAAUUGCAAUAGCAAGAUCAAUCUUAAAGAAUCCUCCAAUUCUUUUGCUUGAUGAAGGCACCAGUGCACUUGACACAGAGUCGGAGAAGCAAGUUCAAGAAGCACUUGAAACAGCAGCGCAAGGCAGAACAGUCAUCUUAAUUGCGCACAGAAUGUCAACUAUUGUUAAUGCAGAUAUGAUAGCUAUUGUUGAGAACGGGAAAGUAGUGGAGACAGGAACACAUCAUAACCUAUUAGAUACGAGUACAUUCUACAAUAGCUUAUUUAGCAUGCAGCACAUCAGUGAAGAAUGUCAAACCAGGUCGGAAGUUACAAAAAAGAAAACUCUUCCCAUAAAAGAGGAUUCAUCUCAGGACGAUGAGCAACAUGAUGAGCCAAGGGAAAGCAAAAGAGAGGUUAAGGAACUUCCUGAGAAGGAGCACAUCCAGAAAAAAGAAACACAUAUAUUCUUCAGAAUCUGGUUUGCCUUGACUGAGAAAGAGAUCAUAAAGACUACUAUUGGCUCCUUAGCAGCAGCUUUUGCAGGCAUCUCCAAACCUUUUUUUGGGUACUUCAUCAUUACGAUAGGAGUGGCAUAUUACCAUCCUGAUUCAAAGGAGAAAGUAGCUCUGUAUUCAGCAAUAUUUGCUUCAAUUGGGGUGCUUUCUUUGUUUGCUAACACUUUGCAGCAUUACUUAUUUGGAAUAGUUGGAGAAAAGGCCAUGACAAAUCUCAGGCGAGCUUUGUAUACAGCCACACUACGAAAUGAAUUAGCUUGGUUUGAAAAGCCCGAAAACGGUAUUGGAUCACUUACAUCAAGGAUAGUCAGUGACACAUCCACAGUCAAGAUCAUAAUAUCUGACCGCAUGUCUGUCAUUGUUCAGUGCAUUUCAUCCAUAGUGAUUGCAACAACUGUCAGCAUGAUAGUUAAUUGGAGAAUGAGUCUGGUAGCCUGGGCUGUGAUGCCAUGCCACUUCAUAGGUGGCCUCAUUCAAGCAAAGUCAGCUAAAGGAUUUUCUGAUGAUGGUACUCUAGCACACUCAGAACUUGUUGCCCUAGCUUCUGAAUCUGCAACUAAUAUAAAGACUGUUGCGUCUUUUUGCCACGAAGAGCAGAUACUCGAGAAGGCCAAACUGUCUUUGAAGAGGCCACUUAGGAAAGGGAAGACAGAAAGCAUCAAAUUUGGAAUUAUCCAAGGCACCUCUCUCUGCUUAUGGAACAUAGCUCAUGCAGUAGCCUUGUGGUACACAACAAUUCUUGUCGACAGGAACCAAGCCAGCUUUGAGAAUGGGAUAAGGGCAUACCAGAUAUUCUCCCUAACUGUACCCUCAAUUACAGAACUAUGGACACUGAUACCCACAGUACUAUCAGCCAUAGAUGUACUAAAACCUGUAUUCCAAAACCUUGACCGGUGCACAGAAAUUAUACCAGACGCGCCAGAUACUUCAGAACAUGAAACUAUUAAAGGAGAAAUUGAAUUCCUAAAUGUCCUGUUUUGUUAUCCAUCGAGACCAAAAGCAAUAGUUCUCAACAAUUUCAGUCUACAAGUUGAAGCUGGAUUAAAGGUGGCACUUGUUGGGCAAAGUGGAGCUGGAAAAUCUUCAAUUGUGGCGUUGUUACUGAGAUUCUAUGAUAUUAACGAGGGAAAAGUUCUGAUUGAUGGCAAGAAUAUAAGAUAUUACAAUCUUAGAAAGUUAAGGGCACAGAUUGGAUUGGUACAACAGGAGCCACUCCUGUUUAGCUGCUCAAUUAGAGAAAAUAUCUGCUAUGGGAGUGAAAGAGCAUCAGAAGCUGAAAUAGUGGAAGUCUCAAGGUCAGCAAACAUACAUGAGUUUAUAAGUAACUUGCCUGACGGAUAUGACACUCUUGUGGGGGAGAAGGGUUCCCAACUCUCUGGAGGGCAAAAACAGAGAAUAGCAAUAGCAAGGGCCUUGCUCAAAAAGCCAAGAAUAAUGCUGUUGGAUGAAGCAACAAGUGCCUUAGAUACCGAGUCAGAAAGGGCAGUGGUGAGUGCACUGGGAUCAAUGAAACUAAACAGUUUUGGGGGCACGAAAGUGACACAAAUCACAGUGGCACACAGGCUUUCCACAGUAAUAAAUUCAGAUACUAUAAUUGUUAUGGACAAAGGUAAGAUUGUAGAAAAGGGUAGCCACUCAAACCUGAUGGCAGAA